GAUUUGUUCAGUUCCCAGUGUUAAGUUGACUAGAAAUGCUGUUGAUUGCAGAAGUCCAACUCAUCUGGAAGAAGCUAGUCUGGGGAAGAUUGCUUUGAUCCUGACAGGACUCAAAGCCAGAAUCUUCUUGUGGCCUUUACACAGUGUAAAUAAUGUUAUGGAAGUAGUUGUACAUUCACAGAGAUUGCACAAGGGUAGCAUCAAGUCUAGGAUUAUAUAAACCCAAAAUACAUUAGCAUAAAUUAUGCUGCAAGCCUCAGGGUGCUGCUGGGAGGCUCCAUAAAUGCAGUCCAUAGCAAGGGGUGAGGAGCUGAAGCAAUUGUACAGCCAUGGUUGUGCAGCAGUAGCACAAUCCAGUACUGCUGCAUAAUUAUUCUUGCAGAAUGUUUUACUUCACAAUGAAUCUUGACCUGAGCAUUUGAAUACUUUUUCAAAGACCAUUAAUUUUGCUCCAAAAUAUCUGGAGCUGUUCUUGAAAGGUCACAUCACACAGAGAGAUCUCACAGUGAUUAGUCCUAGAGUUUCCUGUACAGACACACAUAUGAAGCUUAUGUGGGCAUUCUUUGUACUAUGCUCUUGGACACAAUAUAGGCACAGGGCCACGCUACAUAAAUUCAGCCCCAGUCCAACUAGGAGUCACAGUGGUGUUUGCACAUUUUGUAUGAAUAUCUGUAGAAUGUCUGUGGAAGGGAUUGGUUCUAGACUUCAUGGUGGCCUUUGUGCAUUCAGUUUUGCACACCUAGACAACGUUUUUGCAAAUGUUUGCACCUUAACAAGUGAAUGCUACAGGGGACCUGUGUAAAGCUCAUGGCAGCAGGGGGAAGAUUAUAUGGCACAGUCCCAUUUGCAGAAAUCCUCAGAGGAAUAAACAUGGUGAAAAGACCACCCAGGAUUUUAUUAUCGUGAUUUCUGAAAAUUCAUGGAUCAAGGUUAAUAUUUCAAGCAGCUUUUUGGGAACAGUACAUUAUAUAGCUCCUGAUCCACCAUCAACUCCAUUCAACUGCAUAUUGAAAGCAGAUGAACAUGUUCAACAGUCACCUUCUUUUAUACUACUGGACUACUAUUCACCUUUUUGUCUUAAUAGCAGCUUUGACAACUAAUGAAGAUGUCACUAAUAACACUUUAAACCGCACUGAUAUAGGAUCUAUGCCUAUAGUCAUCUCCAGAAUCGAUCACAUUAUAGUUAAAGAAGGCUACAGUGCCUUGAUCGAUUGCAACAUUCAAGGUCAGCCAGGACCCGAGUACAAGUGGUACAACUCUAAUGGCCAUUUAGUAAAAGGCGAUGGGAACAGAGGAAAAUGGAUUCUCGACAAUGGGCAACUCAAUAUUACUAGUGUGUCAUUUGAAGAUCGAGGAAAAUACACAUGUGUGGCUUCUAAUAUAUAUGGUCAAGUGAACAAUACGGUGACUCUAAGGGUUGUCUUUACCUCUGGAGAUAUGGGGAUCUACUAUAUGAUUGUAUGCCUUGUAGCAUUUACCAUUGUUUUGAUCUUAAACAUUACUAGGCUCUGCAUGAUGAGCAGCCAUUUAAAAAAGACUGAGAAAGCGAUCAAUGAAUUCUUUCGGACAGAAGGGGCAGAAAAACUGCAAAAAGCUUUUGAGAUUGCUAAACGCAUCCCAAUCAUCACAUCAGCAAAAACUCUUGAGCUUGCCAAAGUAACCCAGUUCAAGACCAUGGAAUUUGCCCGCUACAUUGAAGAACUUGCCAGGAGUGUUCCAUUGCCACCUCUCAUCAUGAACUGCAGGACUAUCAUGGAAGAAAUCAUGGAGGUGGUGGGAUUAGAGGAGCAGGGCCAGAACUUUGUCAGGCAAUCGGCAGAAGGACAGGACACGGAGACCCACAACCCAGAAUUGAUGUACAUGAUCCGCAAUCCUCUAAAACACAGAGGAUCCCUCACUGCUGAGUCAGAUGCUUCUUCUCUGCAUGAACCUCCACUCAAGAUUGCGAUAAAGGUAUCUGUUCACCAGUUAACUAAAAGGGACUGUGUUGAUGACCAGUCACAAGACAGUAUACAGUUAGAAAUUAAAGAAGAGAAGGAAGAAGAAGAGGUUGUCCAGGUGUCAACAGCACAGCCCUGUGAGCCAGUCUUGGAACCUUCUGACCCAGUUAUGGAGCCUCCUGCUAAACUCAGCCCUGCUAAGACAACUUUAGGAAACAACAAAGACAUGUCUGCUGUUUAUGAAAGCCAUUUAUGAGAGGUUCUCUGCUAAUCUAUGCAUAGCAAGAAAAUUAGGUGGAGCACUUUUCCAAAACUUUUGGGUUUUUGUUUUGUUUUUGUUCUUGCCAAUAAGCCUUACCUGAAGAUUGUCACAGCAAAAGCAUGUACUAUGUGGAUUUCUUGGCACUUCCUUAUUUAUAAAACUUAAAAUUUAGCCAGCAGGUUUGACAGAAUAAUUGAUAUUACACAGAUAUUUAAUUGCUUUUCUUAGUUCAGAGGAAUUUCCAUUUUACAUCCUAUAAUGUUUACCUCAAAAAAUCGUUUAGGCCUUUCCUUUUUGCAGUAGGCAACUAAAAGUCAUGGGUAGUGCUUAGAACAGCACUUCUAAGCUUUGGUUCCAAAGGCACUUGAAUUCAGAGCAGGGCUGCUGAUGUCAAUGGAACCAUUGUUCAGUCCUUUGGUUGAAAGACUGCCUUUUACAUAAAAUGAAAAAAGAUGCUGUUUUCCUAUUUUGCUCGAUUACCUAUUCCCAUGUGGGUGGGUGUUGUAACUCUCCUCUCAUGAUUAUGAAAUGUUCCUCCAGAGAGAACAUACCCAUAGCUCAAGGUAAGGCCUUUGUAAGAUAGCUAUGCUGACAGGUAGUUGAGGGCUAAAGUGAGCCCAAAUACCUCUGUUUCAAACUGCAGCCAGACGGUUUGCAUUCACAGCACUCAGAUGGGAAAAUGCCCAGAGGUCUUUGUUGUAGUAGUUUUUCUCCUUGGAAGAACAAAACCUCUCCCAUGUUCCUUUCCCAAAGAGGAUUUGCACAGCCCAUUUCUUUAAAAGGGCAACUUCUCUCGAGCCAGAAAGCAGCACAUAAAGAGGAGUUGCACUCUGGAGCACAUCUACCUGUAUCUCUGCCAGCUCUGAUGGCAGCAUAUGAAGCAAGAUAGGCGUUCCUUCUGUACAAAUGAAGCUUCUCCUUUGACAACCAACAUGAUCUUGCAAAGUUUCUAUCUUCUGUUAUUAUUAGCAAAACUGUCAUGGAGUAUUCUUGUCAAAAUUUGUUCAGAGGGGGUUUGCCAUUGCCUUCUCCUGAGGCUGGGAGAAGAUGACUUGGCCAAAGUAAUCCAGUAGGUUUCUAUGGUCAAACAGGGAUUUGAACCCUGGUCUCCCAGAAUCCUAGUCCAGUGCUGAAACCACUAUAUCAUGCUGUAGACAAGGAUCUGCCCCCUCACUCAUGCACACAGAUAAUUGAAUGAGAUAGGAAUUCAGCUGCCGGUGUUGCUUGUUACUAUGUGACCAGCAGUUAACAAUCUACAGUUGGGAAGAAGGAAUAAAUUAUUCUCCUAGGUGUGUUUUAUGGAAGAGAAACUUGGAAGGCAAUGAAUAUGAUUUUGCACUGGCUUUUAUAGGGCAGUCUGACAUAGGAUGAGUUUUGAGAUUAGGUGAAGGUGAAAUAACUACUCUGCAUAAACCGAUACCAGAAAAUAAUAUUGAUCCUCCUCUUUUGUACCUUAAUGGGUUAAGUUUUAAGAAAACUUAAAAAAAAACACAGCCACCAGAUUCCUCCAUCCAGCAUGUCCACUAUGUGCUAACUGGGAGAUUCUGGGAGCUGUGUCCAAAAAGUAACUUUCCCACAGUUUAACAUCAGAACUAAAGGUUCUCAUCACCACAGAUAACAUUAAGUGAACAGCAUAGCUCCAGGUGGCUCUGCCUCUCAUCCUGGAGGUCUACACUGAUAGCCCUAUCCUCUAUAAAUCUCUGUUUAGAGCAAGCAUUGUCGGUAGAGCAUAUUACCUCGUGGCACUGAAUUCUACAGCUAUAUUAUAUGUGAUGUGUAGAAGCAUUUGCCUUUGUCUUUGCUGAAUCUCCCAUCCUUCAGUUUAAUUGGAUGACCCUGCCUUCUAAUAUUGUUUGUGGAAGAGGAGCAGUAGGUAGGAGUACAGGGGGGAAAAACAUGAUUGUAACAAAGCCGAAGCGUCCAAAAUAUUCAAAGUAGCAACCAUUCAAGAUGACGAGCAGGCUGUUCCUUUGGCUGUAUUUCGCCACAGGAAAAGCUCCCAAGUGUGCGAACAUUGCUUUCUCCCUCAUAUACAUGUGCUACAUUGGCUCUCAGACUGUGACAUUAAGAGCCGAGGAAGGACUAUACCUGUUCAUAGUGCUUGCUUUCACCUGUGAAAUCUCAGGUGCAAGAGGAUUAACAACGUAUGCUGGAUGUUGCCAUGAAUGUCCCUUAGUUAGCUCAUCUCAAAACACAAAUCAAUUUCUUGAAGUGCUUCCCACUUACAUCACUCAGCCAUUGCCUUCCUCCAGAUGUGUUUGACUACAACUUCCCUUGUUCACAUCUAGCAGGACCUAUAAUCAAAUAUAUCUGGAGGGCACCAGCUAGGACAAGGGUGUGAAAUAUGCAAGCAUCCAGAUGUUAUUGGACUGCAUCUCCCAGAUGUCCUAGCCAGCAUAACCAGUAUUGAGGGAUGCUGGGAGCUGCAAUUGAGCAACAUUUAGAGGACUGAGGUAGGGAAGGCUGUUUUGCAGUGUGAUAUUGUAGCUUGCUUUUUCUUGCAGUGUGUCAUCUCACAGAUGUUUGCCCUCUUGGUGUAAGUACAUCUUUUGCAUAUUUUACAGUGGCUACAGUUUUAGAUGUCUAUAUCUGCCUGUAUUUUGGAACUGUUAUCUGUGGAUCCAAUAUACAGGAAAGUUUCAUGGCUUUGUCAUUCUAGCUAGUUAUUAAUAUUGUUUGUACUUCAGUGUGCCAUUGGGAUUUCAUAAUUUAUGGCAGCAUAGAGACAUCUCAAGCACAUGUAAUGAAUGUGAAAAGUGUUAACUAUUAAGGCCCAAACUUAGAGAGUUGCCAAUUAUUGCUAGUCUGUUUUCCAGGCAAAAGAAUAUUUAAGAGCUGCUAACAUAGGUUCUUAGAAUGUAGAAUUUCUGUAAAAAAAAAAAGCUGUUUGCACUAAAGCCAAUGUCAAGACUAAUGCAACAGACAUGAAUAUUGUGCUGCACAAAAGUGUCAUUUCUGUGUCUUGCUUUUAAGAGCUGCACGUGUGACGAUUAUGUAGGUCAUAGCCAUAAACUACAGAUUAUUCUAAAGUGGCUGAAACAAAGAAAAGUGACAAUUCAGCUUUUGUACACCCUUGGUUUGCAACCAUGUAUGCAACUGAGGGGUCUUAGUUGCACCCUUAUAAGUGGCCUAUUGGGAAAUUUAGCCAUGCCCUCUUAACCCAAGAAUGCACUAUGUGUAUUGUAGAGGGUUGGAGGGAAAGGAGUAUGCAAGUGUACAUGUGGAGUGAACCUUCUCCUGUCAUUCAUAUGCUCCACUCUUAAAUAGUUUCUCUCCACCCUCCUCCCUUCCUCUCUUUCCCCUUUUUUCCAUCUUCCAAGCCAUUUUCCAGUUCAGAGAGGCCAGAAUGGAAAGAGGAGGAGGAGAGAGAUGCACAAGGGUAUUUCUUGUCCCACUAGAUUUCUGGUCUGGAAUUGACAUAACUAAUUGACCCUGUUUUUAUAGGAAAUCUACCUAACACUGGUGCAUCACAGUGUCUGGUCCCUCCAUUUUUUCUUUGAUUUGAUUCCCAGUAAAUGUUGCAUUCUAAGAUGCAAUUACAAUCCCAACCUUUCCCGAGGAUAUUGGUAAUACGGAUAAAAGUUAUUUAAAGCCAUUUUACCCAUGCCUAUUCCAUUCAUAUAAAAUAAAAUAAUGAGCAAAUUGGCUUGGCUGUAGGGGAGGGGAAAUCAGUAAUUUACAGAUACAGACUAAAGGCGCACUCAGUUACAAGAGUGAACAGAAAGCAUUCUAACAAAAACAGAAAGUGCUUUGAAAGUGAAAGUCAAUGAGAAAACUAUUCCGUGGGCAACUGAUAUGAAAGCAGUGUUGAAAUACCCUACAUUGAACCUGCCAAAGGAAAGUAUAAAAUUUCCUGUGCCCCCCCCCUUGGAAUCAGUAUCCAAAUCCAAAAGUCAAGAAAAGGAAGAGAGAAGGAAUUUUCUUUUGCAUGUCCCAUCUCUCUCUCUACAUCCAUUUUAAUCUCUCCAAACAGUUGUCAGAGUUGGGACUUGAAGGAGAAGGAUUGAGCUUGGGAGGUGGGGAGGGCACCUGUUGCGAACCUCUAUUGUAUAGUGUGAUCUCUGUUUCAAUAAAGAAUUUGCACAGG